UUCCGCAUUUUCCUGCUGCUCUCGGGCUGUGACGUGUCGUGCUGACGGCGGCCUCGGAGCUGGAGGAGCGGGGGGCUGUAGCAUGACAAGAUCUGGCUCCAGACGUCCUGCUUUGCUUUCAGCGGUGCUCCUGAAUCAACCCCUAACCCCUCCUUCUCUUCUCCUCUCCGGCCCGCCCAAAUAACACAAAAUUCCCGACUGAAUCCUGCCCGAGUCUGGGGGAACCAGGCGGCCUGGGAAGCCGAGGAGCGGACAGAGGUAUCCCUGCAGCACAAAUCUGCUCUCCAGUAACAAAUGCAGUGCGAGGACAAUGGAUGAGGAUGUCACCAGGCUUGCAAUACGUUCGGAAGAGCCUAAAAUAAUAUUGCACGGAUCGGAUGAGGGUGGUGCCGGCGGGCAGGAGUUUGUUGUGGAACUUCAAGAGACUGUGUUGGUGUCAGAAGGCGAAGGGGAAGGCAUGGCAGUUCACAGGUUUGCCCCAGACGAGCUAGUCAUCCAGGAUGCUGUUGAGGAUGUGGUUUCUGAGUAUGUGCACUGCGAUGAAGAUGAAGAUGUUGCUGUAGAAACCUGUGUGAUGGCUCUGGAGGGUGAGGAGGAAGGUGUUGCCAUGGGAGACAUCCCUGAAGAUGGGCUGGACCCAGAGCAGCAGGACGACGAUGACCAAGAUGGCUGUGGAGAUUAUUUAAUGAUAUCCUUGGAUGAAGCUGGUAAAAUGGUGUCUGAGGAUGGAACAGAGGUGACAGUGGAAGGAGCUGUGGAAGACCAGGAAGUUGAGAAAGAUGAGGAUGGACAGGAGGUGAUAAAGGUCUACAUCUUCAAGGCUGAUUCUGGGGAGGAUGACAUGGGAGAAUCUGUCGACAUCAGCGACGGGGACACGGAGAAUGUGGCGUUAACAGAGUCUACAGGCCAAACGCUCAGAGAGAAGAUGGUUUACAUGUCUGUCGGGGAGUCUCAUCACAGUCAAGGAAACCAUGGUGGGUCCAAGGUGACUGAUGAGGUUUAUAUGGAGGUGGUGGUAGGAGGUGAAGAGCCAGUAACUCACGACCGCUCGUAUGACAGCGUGUCUCUAAGCAAGGACUUCAUGCCUGUGGCCUGGGCAGCUGCUUAUGGUGCGGAAGAUAGCGAGAGUUGUGAGAACCGAAAUGGUGCAGCCAGCGCACUGCUGCAUAUAGAUGAAUCAGACGGGGUGGACGAACUCAGCAGACAGCGCAACAAGAGCAGGAGACGGUCAGAGCCUCGACAGGUCCAGACAGCAAUCAUCAUCGGUCCAUAUGGCCAACCCCUCACUGUUUACCCCUGCAUGCUCUGUGGUAAAAAGUUCAAGUCACGAGGCUUCCUGAAACGCCACACCAAGAAUCAUCACCAGGAUGUUCUGACUAGGAAAAAGUACCAAUGUACAGACUGUGAUUUCACCACCAAUAAGAAAGCCAGCCUGCAUAACCACAUGGAGGUGCAUGCUCUGAGCAGCAAAGCCCCUUUUGAGUGUGAAAUGUGUGGCAAGGAGUUCCACCAACAGGCGGCACUCUUUUCUCACAGACUGCAGCACCACCACCGUGAGCCCAAGAGCCAGCCGCCUCCACCGCCCACCAAGAUGCAUAAAUGCAAGUUCUGUGACUAUGAAACUGCUGAGCAAGGGCUGCUCAAUCGACACUUGUUGGCAGUUCACAGUAAAAGCUUCCCUCACAUUUGUGUGGAAUGUGGAAAAGGCUUCCGACAUCCUUCGGAGUUAAAGAAACACAUGCGCACUCACACCGGCGAGAAGCCUUACUCCUGCCUGUACUGCGACUACAAGUCGGCCGAUUCCUCUAAUCUCAAAACGCACAUCAAGACUAAGCAUAGCAAAGAGAUGCCAUACAAGUGUGAGCGCUGUUUCCAGACGUUUGCAGAGGAGGAGGAGUUAAUGCAGCACGGAUUAACACAUGAGGAGAAUAAGACCCACCAUUGUGCCCACUGUGAUCACAAAAGUUCCAACUCCAGUGACCUGAAACGUCAUAUCAUAUCUGUUCAUACCAAGGACUAUCCCCACAAAUGUGCUGUUUGUGGGAAAGGCUUCCACCGGCCGUCUGAACUGAAGAAGCACUCGGUAUCCCACCGCACUAAGAAACUCCAUCAGUGCCGGCACUGCAACUUUAAAAUUGCAGACCCCUUUGUUCUCAGUCGCCACAUCUUGUCAGUCCACACAAAGGAGCAACAGGCCUCACCUGAAAAGAGUGAAACUAAAAGGACAGAUACACACACUCCUGUUGUGACGCCUAAAAAAUCCGGACCUAGUGGGUCGAGCAGCUCUGGUCCACCAGCAAGAGUUAGUGCGGCCAGCUUAGCCAGCAGUGUGACUGUGGUUAUCGGUAAAGGACAAAAAGAAAGGAGAAUUUACCAGUGCCAGUACUGUGACUACAGCACCGGUGACGCUUCGGGUUUCAAGCGGCAUGUGAUUUCCAUUCACACAAAAGACUAUCCGCACCGCUGCGAGAUCUGUUCGAAAGGUUUCCGACGACCCUCAGAGAAGAACCAGCAUAUCAUGCGUCACCACAAAGACGUGGUGCAGGCAGAGUGACUCUGACCGAGCCAAAUACUGUGCCACAGCAAAGAACAAUGUUUAAGCAUCCAUCGCACCCCGACCACCGCGCCCUCAGCAUGUCAGUGUUCACAUUGAAAUGGUGUGGAGUGUGUGCUGCACUUGGUCCAUUCUGUUGUUUUGGUCUUUUUAAUCCUCAGCCUACUGUUUGUUCAGAUAUGUAUACUCGUGUACAUAACAUUAAUGCUCUGUCAGAGUUAGCAACCAAGCCCCUCUGUAGACUUGCACUUUUAACUGCAUGUCCCUUGCUGGUGACAGUGUGCAUGGCAGAUUGUGCAGAUGUCUCUUUGUAGAUACACUUUUUUUUUUUUUUUUAAAUUUUGCAAAUAGCAAUCAGUUCUCAAUCAAAAUGGUCCUAAUUAUUUGUCUUAAAAACAGAAGUGUAAUUUUUUAAAUGGUUGCGUCAUUUUCCUAAAAUGUACUUAACAGCAGUUUGGAUUAACAACCUAUUUCCAGUAGCACUUGGUAAAAUCGUGUGUGUGUGUGUGUGUGUGUGUGUGUGUGUGUGUGUGUGUGUAUGCGAGUGUGUACGUGUGAGAGAAAGAAACAGAGGGCGCUUAAGGGGCAAAAAAAUAAAAAGCAACUUGUGCUUCCUUUUGCUCUGAUUUGACCACUUUGUAACAUAAUGGUUUUUGGUGCAUUAACUAAAACCACAAUACAGGCAGAGACGUGGAGGAGUCACUCUGAGUUUAAUCUGCAGGGGGUUUAUGAUCAUCGGUUUACUACAAAAAUGCACAGUAAGAAACUGGAUGUGUCAUGUUAAUAAGCUUUCACACAUGCACAUAAACCAUGACGUCACUGCCCUCGUUGCUUGGUUAUCAGAUGUCCAGUAGUUCAGUUACAGACCAACAAGUGUACUGUAAGUGCCCAAAGCAGUAGAGACGAUGCCCUCGCUGACAGUAUUUUUAAUCCAUGAAUACAAUCUUGGGAGUGAAAUCAUAUUAAUCUUUGUGAAAAGGGGAAAAUGUUUCCCCCUCAUUUGCAUUUUCAACAUUGAUGAACUGUUCAUACAGAUGAUUUUGUUUUGUACUGACUGACAUAUCUGCAAAAUCACCGAAAAUAGUGUAAUCAACAAGCAUCAGUAUGCUGCCAUUAUUAGACUGGGCUAUAAAAAAAUAAAUCAGAUUAGUGUCCUAAUACAAGUGUCUGGUCUAAAUGAGAGCUGAACAGUAUACCUGGUGCUGCUGUUAUAAAACUAAGGACUGAACUCUUUGUUUUCUCCUACACAGAUGUACUUUUGCCUGUAGAAAGGGAAACGUGUAUAUCUUUUUAGAUGCAACUUCAGAAGACAGGUGCUGGUGGUGUCCAUGUACUUUGGCUUUUUACAUUUUUUUUUUUUUUUUUUCCAUUUAUCAUCUGUGAUUAUCUUUGUUUUAUAUUUAUUUCAUUUACAAGUUGUUGUAUAGUUAAGUGUAACUAGACUUCUAUGGGACGUAAAUUAUUGUUUUGUAUACAAAUCUGUACAAAGCGUGUAGAUGUAAACACUUGAUAAAAAGGAGAUCUCAACUGUGUUGUUAUGGAUGUACUUCAACGUAUUUGUUAAAAAAAGAUAAUAAAGCAAAGUAUUUUA